UAAAGUAGAAAGUAGGUACUUCGGUACCUUCCUACGUAUUUUCUAAUUCAUAUAGAAACAAUGGCGGGACAACUGCAGUCCUAAGAUCAGUAGCGAUGCUAAUGCGAGGCUCGGGGCGGCAGGUUUUCGAGAGUCCUUUUUACCCGAUUGUCGAUAUAGGAUAUUGUUUUUUCUGCCCCUGUUAUAAGCUCGAGGCUCUGGGUCGUUGAUCCGAUUCGCCACCCGGCAGACUGCCACUGGCUGAGGUCUCGGAUUCGAUCCCUGAGUCGGGUAAUUUGUUAUGUGAUUUUUCUAAUUAGUAUCAAUCCGGAGUCAAGGUACUAGGGACCUAUAAGUUAUUUGGGCGCUUAUUUAUCAUCCAAUUCCUUUCUAUGGUUUUCCUUUUUAUCUUAUAAAUCUAAACAUCUUAUUCUGCAAAUUGACAAUAUACUUAAGUAAUUUUAUUUGGUUUAUUUAAUAUUGCAUUUAAUAUACUUACUACCAAAAUUAAAAGGUAAAUUGGAGAAUGAGAAAAUAUUUAGUACGUACCUACAAAAAAGACUUAACUAUUUAUAAAUCCGUCAUAAUGUUUUCCUUUGAUUGCGCACAUCAAAAGCAUCAUAGAAAACACUUAAACAUGAUCCGUGUAAUGUAUCACUUUACCAUGAAAAAUAAAACUUUUUCAAUACAAAUGGUUGUGUCGCUGCCGCCGGCGUUAGUCGCGGCCGCCCGCCCACAUCGCGUUCCGCCAAUCGAAACUGCGCCUGGGCGGAGCGAACUCGACCGCUGAACAUUUUAAACUUGUUGCCUGCUUUACACCACUCAAUCUCUGAAACGAUAUUUCAGCGUCAACAUGACUCUAUGAUGAAUUUAUGUUUUGUUUUGAUCGGUCGUGCCUCCAAGUUCGUGUUAAAAUGAAUUUGUGAUUAUUUAAAAAUUUUGAACUGGAUAAACGAAAUGCAAAGUGAAGGUUGCGGAGAAACAGAGGGCAAUGGUAGUCGGAAAGCUCUCAGGACACCAAAGUGCGCGCGUUGCCGCAACCAUGGAGUAAUAUCUUGCCUCAAAGGACAUAAACGCCUGUGUCGAUGGCGAGAUUGUCGCUGUCCUGGAUGUCUGCUGGUCCUCGAGCGACAAAGAGUCAUGGCUGCCCAGGUGGCACUUCGCAGGCAGCAAGGCGCUGGUUCAUCGGAGUUGCGCGACGGCGAGGCUGCUGCUCUGGCGGCACGGAAGCGUGCUUACCGCGCUCGCCUGCGCUGCAUGCAGAUGUCCAGAAACUAUCCAGUGCAGACGCCUGUUUAUGGAAAUGAAAAGUUAUUCUCGAACGACCCAGCGUGGAGCGAGCGAGUGCGUCGCCGGCGCACAUUCGCCGACGCCGAGCUGGAGCGCGGGCUGGCGGCGCCGGUGCCGGCUCCGUUGCCCGCGCCCCCUGCACCCCCCGCACCCCCCGCAGCUGUCUUCUGCAGAAAUCUCCUUGCGGCACUACUUACCACGUACGCGCCCAUCCCUGCCCAGCCGCAGCGACAGAAACUAUCCUUCUCCAUUGAAUCGAUCAUUGGAGUACAAUGAUGACAAUUAGUCGAGAUCAAAAUUUCAAAAAUGAUAUCUAUAUGUAGGUUUUGCGGUUACUAAUAGUAAGCUAUCCAAGUACGGAAACGGCAAUGCACAUUUCAGGCCCGGUUGGUCGACAUCAUCAAACAAUUCAAAUGAAUUUCUCAAAAUUUUAAUUAUAUAAUUAAUAAUUUUGUAAGCAUUACUUAUUAAAAUUAACUUAUAUAUUACGUAAAUAUAUAAAUAAAUAGCAAAUUAAUUUAAAAAUUUCAUCACUUAAUAACAUUAAUUUUGCUUUAAUAUACUUAAGUAAUCAAAUUGUCUACCUAGGGUCCUAUUAGAAUGUUUUUGUUUAAUUCUUUUAUGAUUUUUAUGUGAGGAUUUGCAAGCAUAGUUUUUAAUUCAUAUCCCCUAGCUUACUUUUAAUAAAAAAAUUCAUUCCUUUUAAAUAAAAAGAACAUACACUAUGUUUUUCAGUGUUCGCUUCUGGGCCUGGGUUUCUAAGAGUUAUGUGCUUUGUUAUUUGCUAAAUAAUAAAUAGGGUUCUUAUCUAUCUAUACAUAUUAUAAAACAAAGUCCCCAUAAGCUGUCUGUCUGUAUAUGGUCGAUUUUCUCAAAAUCUACAGAAUGGAUUUUCAUGAAAUUUCAUAUGGAGAUGUUUAAGACCCUGGGAAGAUUAUAGGUUACUUUCUACCCCGGUAAAACUUCUUCACGCGGGCGAAGCAACGAGAAAAAACUAGUGUAGGUACAUAUUAUUCAUUUUAAUAAUUAAUUGAAAGUAUGUAUAUGAAGUACUUGGCAGUAAGGUAACUUAAGACCGUUGCUUUAAUAAACGCAGGAUAUCAAAGUUACUUGAAAGAUUGAUCCUGGUAACGGUUACGUCAAAUUUUAGAUUUUCGAUCAAUCUUCGAAUUGAAAAUCUCUGUUGCGAACAAUAUUAAGGGUCUAAUCUAGUAAAUAAUAAAACGUCUUCGAACAAUGAGUGCUUUAUUAACGAAAUGUAUGGUAAAAGAAUGUCUACUGUGAGGUCAAUUUAUUACAACCAGAACUCAAAACAUGAUAAACGGCUGUUUACAUUACUGCACGACAUGUUUAAAAAUGAGUACAAAUAGUACAUGGAAUGUUAAUACGUUAGUAAAACUCCCGGGAGGUACUGCAUGCAGAUGCUAUCGUCCAUCAAGCCGUCCUUUCAACAAGGGUUUAGGCAGACAGAGGUAGUCAGGUAGGGUGUGGUUAUGUGCUCACAUAAUAUCUGUACUCAUUUUUAUAAAUUUUGUGUGACAUGUUAAUGAAAUGUUACAUUGUUACAACAAUUUAAAACAUAAUUAUACAAGACAUAGGUUCAUGGAUGUGAAGUGAUUGUUACAUCUUUCACGAGAUUUACAAUAAUAAUGUGAUCAUUGCCAAAGCCCUCUCACGGCAGACGAGCGCGAGAGGGCGCCACACAACUCUUAACGUUCAGAAUGGUAGCGAAGUGACACGUAAAUAAUACGUAAUUAUAAUAGAAAUACAUAUAGAUUUGUAUAAUUUGAUAAAUCCAUGUUUUAAAAUAAAAUAUACAUAAUAAAAAUGACAAAACAAUACAAGAAUAGUUUUGACUGAUGAUGAGAUGGGCGUGUCAUUGUCGAUAUGCCUG